GUUCAUAGUUGCAAGUACGAAAACAUGUAUUAAGUUCAAUAACCGCUCGGCCAAUUCACCAACUGACAAAGCCGUUCAUAUAUUCGCUUGAACGUUAUGAUCCUGGUCAUAGAGAUCAUACUUCCCUUUCAUCCAUUUUAUGUAAACAGCAGGCCCGUCAAUCUAGAAUCGUGACAACUGCCCAAGGGAUAAAGCUUUGAAGCAAUACUUACGGUCAUCAGUAUUUCAGAAGCCAACAAAUCGUCUAAUUGUACCGUCAAUUGAUAUCCGUGAGGUGUUCUACCGCCCCUUUCAGUACCGAUAUCAGGGUAGAAAGCCGCUGAUACAAUGACUCUCUACCCUAUUGAAUCUCGAACUGUAUAGUCCCUGUUAUUUCGGUUUCGAUCUUCCCCGCAUCCAUAUCAUUCCUAUUUCUAUCCUAAUCUUGCUCAAAUCAUAUUUUACCUAAUCGAGGCUUAGUAUAAAAUUGCGUGAUAAUCAGAAGGUAGCAUUAUAGAUCUAUAUGUAUGUAGGCCUUAUCAAACCGAUGUUCUUGUAGACGGCCUAUGAAUGGCAAAGAGGGGUGUCCGAAUCAGCUCCGGAGCCGACGCAGGCAAGUGGGCGGAAUACAAAUAGGCAGGGGAAGCCAUCUCCGAAGAUAAUAAUUCCAUGACGAAGCCUUCGCGAGUUAGCCAGUCUUAGGUGAAACAUGGACGAGAAAAAAUUAGCUAUCGAGGCUACCUCGAACAGCACUGUGACUACGUCUAAUCCGGCUCCUGUUCAGAUAGAAGGACAAUCAGUAGCCUCCUCAAGAGACCUCGACGACGCAUACGAACUCUAUCGGAGGCAAGAUGCCGCCGUUCUGGAUCCUCGUGAAGCCCGCCAGGUGCUGCGAAAGAUCGACGGGCGCAUUUUACCCCUUUUGAUGGGAACUUAUCUACUUCAAUACCUUGACAAGUCUAGCGUCAACUUCGCAAGUGUUUUUGGGCUGAGACAAGGGACGGAUCUGCAUGGUCAAGAUUACUCGUGGUCUUUAUCCCUAUUUUAUUUCGGGUACUUGGUGGCGCAAUGGCCGGCCGGCUAUCUUCUUCAAAGACUUCCGGCAGGGAAGUUCAUAGGAAGCAGUAUCCUAGUCUGGGGCAUGCUUACCAUUGUUACCCCGGCGUGCAAGAACUUCGCCGGGCUAGCAGUCAACCGUUUCUUGCUCGGAUGCUUCGAGGCAGUGAUCAAUCCAGGCUUCGUUCUCGUCCUCUCGAUGUGGUGGCGACAGGAUGAGCAGCCUAUGCGAUUGACGACCUACUACAGCAUGAAUGGGAUCGCUGGGGUUUGUGGUGGCCUACUUGGUUAUGCUAUUGGCCAUAUCACAUCCGGCCUCCCUCCGUGGAUGUAUAUCUUCCUCAUAUUCGGGUCUAUAAGCUUAGCCUGGGGCACCAUCUUCUUGAUAUUUAUGUCUGACCUUCCCUCAACAGCGCGGUUUCUGACCGAAAGGCAAAGGAUCAUAGCAGUUGAAAGAGUAGCUAGGAACAGACAAGGAGUGAAGAAUCACCAUUUCAAGACCUACCAAAUGCGGCAGUGCUUGCUCGAUCCAAAGACGUGGAUUCUAUUCGUGAUGGCCAUUGCAGCGCAAAUUCCAAAUGCUGCCCAGUCGAGUUUCACAUCGAUCAUCCUAGAGACGUUUGGUUUUGACGUACUCCAGACGCAGUAUUUGCAGAUCCCCGGGAACCUAAUACAGUUCUGUUCCCUCCUCCUAUCUGGUUGGAUUAGCUCCCGAUUUCCAAAUAUGCGCUGUGCGGUUAUGUUAGUAGGAAACUUGAUUUGUGUAGCUUGUGCUGCGGCUCUCGUACGGCUACCAGCUGGUCCCGAUGGGACAGAUAAUAGAUGGGGACGACUGGUUACGCUCUGGUUGUGCUCAUUCCAGUCCGUAGGCUUCAGUUUGAGCUUGACGAUGGUAAGUAGCAAUGUAGCUGGGUAUACCAAGAAACAGCUCACGGGGGCUUUCCUGUUCGUGGGCUAUUGCGUGGGAAAUAUAAUAGGGCCACAAACCUUUAUUGAAACAGAGGCACCGUUCUAUACUUCGGCUUAUAUUGCGAUCCUCAUCGGAUACUCUGUGAAGACGGUAAUGGUCAUCGUGUUGUACAUAUAUAUGUGGAUGGUAAAUAAGAAACGUGAUCGUGAAGCUGCUCUAGAGGGCCCGGGGCUUUCAGAAGAACGAGAAAAGCAGGCUAUAGAACAAGGAAUGCAAGAUGUUACCGAGCUGGACAACAAGGGCUUCAGAUACGUGCUGUAGGGUGGUAUCUUAUAGAGUGUUUUUGCUGAU